AUGGGCUUGGGGACCUUGCCCACCUUCUUGGAUCCCUCCCCCAAAGGAAGCCUCGUGGCAUUUCGGGUGAUGAAACACCCGGCAACGGGCGGCCACGCACUAGAAAUAGGUUCGGCGGCGCCGGCCGCGCGGCUGCAGCUCGUACCCACACCCACUCAGCCCACCCAACCCCGAGGCGCGCAGCCAUGGAGCACCCAACCCGCAUUCUUCUCCGACGGGCCGGCAUCGGAGCUCCCCCGAGCCCUUCUGCCCAGCCAACUUCCCAACAGCCUCCAGCGGAACGCGUGGGGCUCGGUCCCGCUACCCGCUAGUCACCUUCCCUAUCACUCCAUCCCGCCUCCCCGCCUGCACUCCCGAAGGCCGGUCAGGGAGCGGGCAGGGCGGCCCUCGUCCUUGUCGUCGUCGUCCUCCGCCACGACCGCAGCGCUAACGCCAGCGAUGGAGCUGGCCGGGGCCGCGCGCCUCUCGCCGCUCCGCGUCCCCGGCGCCUUCUCUUGCGUGGCGUCGGGUGGCCAAGCGAGCCAGCGGGCGGGCGGGGUCCGCGCCCAAGGAAAGGAAAGAACAAGAGGGCCGGCUAAUGCCGCCACCGCCGCCUCCGCUGAGUCAGCGCAAAGCGCGCUCCCCGACUCGGCGCCGCGCGGGCCAGAGCCAGAACCUCAUGGAGAGCGCGGGCGGCAGCCCCCGGGCCGAGGCAGAGAGCCUACAACUUCCAGCAUGCAACGCGCAAGCGGCAUUUCCGGGCGGCUGGGAGCUGAGCCUGCUACCUGGCGCUCGCUGGGAGGCGUGGUCACCGGGGCCUGUGGUGCAUGCCGGGAUGGGGCAUCCGGCCCCGAGCCCCGCCUCCGGUCCCCGAAUGCCAGGUUACGUCUGCGCCAGGUCGUAGGCGUAGGGAUUGGGUUCGCGUCGCCGCCUACAGGCAGUUGGUAUGUUAGGAUGCGGAGCUCCAGGUACCAGGAGAAUAUGGCCCAAACCACGUUAUAUAGUAAGUACAGUCUAGGAUUCAGUCAUCGAAACUACAGUGAAGAACAAGCAAAACUUGGAGAAAAAAUGAGAACAGAACUGAAUAUAAUUCCUCGCCCGGGAGCGGUGGCGGCAGCGCUUUGUGGCGCGCGCGGGUUCUACCGCGGGCGGCGCGGAGGCGGGGCCGGACCCAAGAGGCGCCGGUCUUCCCCGCGCUCUGCCCGGCCGCGGGUACCGCGCUUGGCAAGCCCCAUGCCGGCGGGCUUCCCUGCGCGCACGAACAGCCGCCUGGACACGUUCCUGCGGCGGCACCUGCCACCGGAGAUCUACGACGCCAUCCGCGCCUACGAGUCAUGCGUUGUGGUGUCGGACUCGGAGAAACAUACCUUCAAGUAUGUGGUGCUCAGCGACCGGGUCAUCUACCUGACCGAGAACCCGCCCAAGUCCAUUCGUCGAGUCGUAGCGUUGCGGGACGUCGUGGCUAUUGACCUGAUUGAUGAUUACCCAGAAUUUUUGAGUGGACCAGACAGAGAAAUCAACCAACACAUUCGUAUCAUCUAUUCUUCAACUUCUUUGAAAAAAGAAUGUGAAAAAUCAAAAGGUGUCAGGAAAUUUCUGUUACCAUUUCAGCAUGCCAAUGUGAAAAGCAAAAAAGUUAAGGAAAAGAAUAAUGGCCCUGUCUUUUGGAGAAGUAAAGAGCCUAAAAGUCUGAGUGAAUCAUCUCUUAGGUACCACCAAGAGAGCUACACAAUGACCAAGGACUCAACUUCGUGUUCUUCAGACCUCAAGAAGCUACCCCUUCACGGCCGAAGUGCAUUUCGGCCCUUACCUGCUCUUACCUCCAGGAGGAGCUGUGAAUCCACACCAGGUGCAGGCAAGGCAGUCACCCUGCCUUUUAGCACAACAAACUCAAAAGAACCACAGGGACUUGCUGAUCACAAAGACUUUCUAAGUGAAAGCCCUUUCAAGUGUAAUAGGAACGGAAAUGAGUUUUACUUAGGGAAUUCCCCACAAGCCUCCCUUUUACAAAGUAACCCAAGCCUUGAGAAAAAGGAGUGUGAACUUCAUUUGUACAUUGUUUCCACAACCUCAUCAAUAUUUCUGCACUUAAAAAGUUCAUGGAACAACUAUAUUAUAAAAGGUACUCUUUUACAAGAUCCCCUAUAUGCUAGUGAGCUCAGUUCUACAAUUGGAAGUCAAAAGCCAUAUAGAUCGGAAGAGAAGAUUAAGCACUUCAGUCAACUUAAAUCUGAACUUUUUCUUAAAGACAAUACUUUGAGGAAGAUACUUUGUUUAAUUACAGAACUUAAAGUAGCAGCUCAGAAAAACUUCAUUCUGAAAAGGCUUUUCUGGAAAACCAGUGACCUUUUCUAUUUCCUAGUGAACAAGCUUCAUGAAUACUUGCCACAGUCUAGGGAUAAGAACGCUCUUCAAAAUAAAAGCCAGAGGGCUGAUGAGCUGGUGGCAUGCAUUGAAAUUACACAGACCCUGGGACUGAUGUUCAGAGAAACAGAAACCGAGUCAUCGCGGUUGAACACAUUGGCUGCUAAGAAGGGAACACUAUUUAAUCUUUUGGUAAUUUUAAUUAGUGAGCCUCAGAUUCCAAAAUCUUGUCCUGUGUUUGAUAUCCAGUUGGUGGCUGAUUCAACUUUAGUUGAGAUGUCUUUUGAUGCUGAGUUACAGAAGCUUAUCCUGGAGUACACAGAUACAGCUACAGCACUUUUAUAUGAGAUACUUCUUGUCUUUCAGCAGGGAAAUCUUGGAUUGGGAUCAACAAAAUUUGCCAUUAGUUGGAUGAUGUCGUUUCUACAAAGCCGCCCUCCCAUAAUUACCUUUGUGGCCAACAUUGUGAAACGAGUGGUGAAGGGACUUUCAGCUUCAUUUCAGCUGCUAAGUCCCUGCCAAGUAGUUCUGUUGUACCAGCAGUUUUACAUCCUCAAGAGCUGCCUGCAGUACAGCAAGACUCUAGCUGAGUAUAUUAGGAAUGACUACAGAGAAGAAUUCAGGUACUUUAUUCAUAUACCGGCCUUGGAAAAGAGGCUCCCGUUGUGUUACCCCAUUACCCAACCUACUACUCAACUUAUUCAUGAAGUUCUGAACUUGGUUGAAGAGAAACAAUGUGUAAAAUGUUAAAACAGUAUAUAAAUUGUUAAUCAGAAGUCAAUACUAUGAGAAACAGAUAUUUUUUAUUUAUAAAAAAUCUGCUAAUAUCUUCCUA